GUUUACAAAUAGUGUUUGUGUUUGACAUCACAUGAAUUGAAAAUUAAUGUUUUAAUUAUAAAUUCAAUGAAUAUAUGAUUGAAUUAUCACUAAAAUAAUGCCAAAAUAUUAUUGCGAUUAUUGCGAUACGUUUCUCACACACGACUCGCCGUCGGUUCGUAAGACACACUGUAAUGGACGCAAACAUAAGGAAAAUGUAAAGUUUUAUUAUCAAAAAUGGAUGGAGGACCAAGCUCAAUCAUUAAUUGAUGCAACCACGGCUGCAUUUAAGGCAAGUAAAGCACUUUCGGGUGCUUUUGGAGCCAAACCGGGGGCAAUAUUGCCACCCCCGCCACCAUUACCUCCCGGCGCAAGAUUCUCAGUGGGCGCCGGCGGUCGACUACCUAUCCUUCCGAACGUUCCGCCGCCUCCUCUGCCACCCGGAGCUGCAAUGAUGUUACCGCCGCCGUUAAUGCCAGGUAUGAGACCACCAACUGGACCGCCGCCUCCUUUCGCACCUCCGCCACCGUUGGCUUCUUUGCCAAAUAUACCGGCGGCACAACCACCGCGACCACCAACCUCUGCAUAACUUAUUUCAUUAAUUGACUUAAAUCUAAAUAAAUUUCAUAUCCAAUACAUUUUUGGUUUAUUUGAUUUAUCAACAAUUUUAGUUCAUUACAUUUGGUUAUUGUAUAAAUAAUUAAUUAAAAAGUGAUAAAUA